AGACUUUGACAUGGAAAGCGAUAAAAUUUUAAUGGCAGCUGGCGUUACGGUCGCUGCUGUUGUUGGAGCAUUUGUUUUUUGGGGACCCAGUGGUUCGGGAUCCUCACGUUUACGUCAACGACGUGGUCAAAUUGCUGGCCUGCACAAUUUUGGCCAGACAUGUUUUUUAAAUACCCUUCUGCAGGCCUUUGCCGCAUGCCCACAGUUUAUUGCUUGGCUGCAAUUGUAUAAUAAUGCAUCACCGGAUAAAAAGAGUCUGAUAAGUUCGCUGUUGAACACUUUGGAGGUAAUUAAUGGUACCCACACCACAUUGCGUGGAGAUCCCUAUUCGCCGGGUGCCGUGUUGCGUGCCCUUAACGCCCUCGGUUGGGUUAUACCACAGGAGGAACAUGAUGCUCAUGAAUUGUUUCACGUUAUGCUUUCGACGUUGGAAGAAGAAGCACAUCGACCCAAACAAGUUGGUUCAUUGUCGGAUGCUUUGCCCGAAGAUGGUCGGGGUGAUGCACCCAAUCGACCAUCAAGUGCCAUGUUAAGUGAUUUUCUGAAUGCUGAUUAUGAUGAAUCCACCGGUCUAUCACGUAUGGUUCGUUCAGAAGCCCAUACUCCAGACUCACCGUCGUCAAUAUGUGAACGGGACUUGGAACAAAUGCCCAUGUCAUCCACACCAACUGAGAUGAUGGAAGUAGAUUUUGUUAAACCUGCUGCACCAAUAAUGAUGGGUAAUGGUCGUGCAAGUCGUUCACGCGAUAAUCUAAAUAAAAGAAAUUCCGGAUCGUGUCGUUCAUUGGAGAGGCUGACAAGAGGACCGGGAAAAGUUUCGAUAUGGUCGGAUCAAAUGCCAACACAAGUGCAACAUCCUUUCAAAGGUGCCAUGGGAACACAAAUUGUUUGUAAUGGCUGUGGAUAUAAGUCUGCAGUACGUUAUGAUAAAUUCGAUAGUAUAUCGUUAAAUCUACCACAACAACGACGAUCCGGACUUAGUUUGGGUCAUUUACUUAGUGACUAUAUCACUUCCGAGGAUGUCACCGGUGUCAAAUGCGAAUCAUGUAAUGAGACCACAACACACACCAAAUCAUUGACAUUUGCAAAAUUACCAGCAUGCCUGUGCAUACACAUAGCUCGUACCGUUUGGAUGCCCACCGGGCAAGCAUGUAAACGACAGGAUUAUGUACAUUUUCCUGAAAGUUUAUCCAUGGCACCAUAUAGUUUUGUGCAGCCUCAUCUCAAUAGUCAGGCCGGCACCCCCUGGGGUUCAACUAUGUCAUUAUUCUCUUCUAGUCUACCCAUGAAUAUGGGUAAUGUCAAUGAUUCAUAUGGCACACCAUUUGGUACAAUGUUUCCCCGUAAUCUCUAUCGUUUGCUGGCUGUUGUGGUUCAUUCGGGUGAAGCCCAUUCUGGACAUUUUGUUACAUACCGGAGGGGAGCAUUGCGUAAUAGUCAUAGAUGGUUUUAUACAUCCGACACUGUGGUCCGUGAAGUAUCCAUUGAUGAAGUUUUAAGUGUACCAGCCUAUUUGAUAUUUUAUGAUCGUAGUCCCCAAAGACCACUGCGAUAAA